AUGGAGUAUUUAUCGUCAGAGAUUAUCAUAGACAUACUAUCUAGAUUACCAGUUGAGACUGUAUUGAUAUGCAAACUUGUGUGCCAAGAAUGGUUAGUUUUACUCCGUUGUACCUAUUUUUCUAAUAUGCACAGUCGUCUUCACUUACUGCAACUUGAUCAUGUAAACAACAAGUACUUGUGCGAUUCUAAAGAUAGUGUUAAGUUUGAGUUAGGGUUUCAUAUCCUUUUGGCAAUAACUCAUGUAGACAAGAAGGACAAGAAGAGGAAAGUUGAACUUUACUAUGGAGACUAUGUUGAUGGUAACAUCUGCUGCUCAAAAUUUAAAAGGCUCAACCAUCCUCCGUGCACUGCGCUGUAUAGUUCUGUAAUUGGCUCGUGUCACGGUUUGGUUUGUAUGACUGGUGAGCGCCAAGAUCCUGUCCACAUCUUUAAUCCCUUAACGGGAGAACAAGUUGAUCUUCCCAUAUUCGAAAAAGAUAAUGAUCCGUCAAGAAUAAUGAAAGCUGGGUUCGGUUACGUUCCUUCAAAGAACGAGUACAAGGUAGUUAGAGUCUUCUACCCUGCUAACUUAAUGGCCAUGGGUCAAGUCCAAGUUUAUACGCUUGGUGAUGGUAAUGGGUGGAGAGACCAAGGAGAAAUCAAUUAUGAGUUGUUUCCAUCGUCUGGUGUUUUUGCUGAUGGAGCAAUUCACUGGAUACACCUCGAAAGACAGAAGAUUGUUUCGUUUGAUUUGGAAGAUGAGGUGUUUCGAUAUCUCCCACUUCCGCCCCUUCUUUCUUGUGCAAAUUAUCAUACAAGACUCGUGGUGUUGAGAGGGUGCGUUUCUUUAGUGCAAGGGAGUAUUCCUCCUACUUAUGAGAUUGAGGUAUGGUCAUUGAGGCAGAAAUUUUGGGUCUGGGAGUUUAAACUUGUACCUACAGCCUACGGAUAUGACCCCUUUGCCGUUACAAAGAACGGUGAAGUUCUGUUAUCGCAUUACAAAAAGAUUCUUUCAAUUUACAAUCCUAAUAUUAAAGCAUUAAACAUUCUUCUCCGCCGUGACAAUAUCAAUGUUAACAGUAGCAGAGUUCAAGCGGUUCUUCACAUGAAUAGCUUUGUUUCUUUGAAAGCUAUUGGAGAAAAGGAGACUAAAACUAGAAGACAACUACGAUAA